AUGGCCGACGGGACGGAUGCUCCCGUCAAUGGCAAACGGCACCUUCCUUUCUUCCGUCGCGCCUCUCCAGAUCGGCCCGUGGCUCGUCGACGCCAAUCUACCGUUCAUUGGCACCGCGCUUUACGUUCCCUGCUAUACCUAAUCGCCUGGAUCUUUCUGGUGCUGGUGGUUAUUGGCAAUGUCGCCAAUAAGCCGGUUUUGCGCAGUACAUACUUCCUCUACCUCGACCUUUCCAACAUUAUCCCAUUAUCCGUGCCCAAUGCCGUCUUGAUCAAUUCCAUUGCCCGAUCCAUUGGCUUGCAUGAUUUCUACCAGGUUGGCCUGUGGGGUUUCUGCGAGGGCUAUAACGAUGAGGGGAUUACUGCUUGCUCGAAACCGAAGACCCUGUAUGCAUUUAACCCGGUUGAUAUUAUUUUGAAUGAGCUGCUGGCAGGCGCAAGUAUCGCCCUGCCCAGCGACAUCCAAGAACCUCUUCACCUUGCAAAGGUCGCAUCACACUGGAUGUUCGGCCUCUUCCUUGCAGCAGCAGUCUUAAACUUUGUCAUGAUUUUCCUCAGUCCCUUCGCCGUCUCCUCUCGACCCCCGCAAUCCAUCAAGUCAUGGGUCUCCGGUGGCCAGGUUACACCCUCAGGAAACCCACCCCACCGACGUCGCACAUUCGUCCUGUUGCGAGCAUUCCCCUUCCUAAUUCUAGCUUUCUUCACUGCGCUAGUCACUAUCGUCGCCUCCGCUGUUGCAACAGUCAUGUUCAUCAUCUUCGCCAACGUCUUCACCAACGCCGACCCCAGCCUCAACAUCAAGGCACACGUCGGCAAGCAGAUGCUGGUUUUUAUGUGGAUUGCCUCGGGCUUCAGCUUGGUGGCAUUCAUCGUUCAGUUCGGCUCCUGCUGUGCGGCGUGCUGUGGUGGUCACAAGGCUCGGAGGCAGCUCAAGGCUCAGGGUAUUGAUUUGCGGGAGAAGAGCUCUGUGCAGCACAGUGCCUCUGACACACCGGUGGAUGCUCAGGCGCCUCACGCCAUAACUAGGGAUUAA